UCGAAGAAGUUGUGAAGACGCGUUCUUCCAUGAUGUGACGCCUUAUCCACUAUCUUCGUCCCUCUCCCAACACGUGAAAAGAGCCGAGGAGACAACAGAGCACGGCAGAACAAUUAGCCGUUAUGCUGUAGCCGUGUGGCGUUCUACACGAAUGUAACACCGAGCUUCGGAGGGGCUACACGGAUCCUACCUCAUGAACGACUGAUCUGCUGCGUGCGUAACGCUUGCGAUCUCACGCCUCUCGUUUCCUUUCCGCUUCUUUCGCUCAUAAUGGAAUGACUCUUUCUAGCAUCCUAAUACCCCACCUUUAGAGAUAUCGUCUGCUUCUGCCACUGGCAAGGCUACACCCAAUCCCCUUCUCGUCUCUCUAAUCCAUGUGGUAGCCCUGCAUCGUCACCCAAGAUCCGUUCCUGAGCCUGGUACCGACCCGACCCGAAACAUGGCGUCGGAUGAUCACCAAGACGCUGCGCCGGCUGCGAUUCAAGCUUUGACCGGCUUUAUCAAUACGAGCACUUUGCUUAAUCUGGCUCUUCAAUUCUCGGCUACCUACACUCACCUCGCCAAAUCUUCCACUGAGCACUUCCUAGUCACACCCGUCACGGCGCUCCCCACGGGCAAAGAGAAGGGCAAAUUCUUGAGCAUCGAUGUUGGUGGCACGAAUCUAAGAGUCGGCUUUGUUGAGCUAAUCGGAGAGCCAGAUGGCGGCCCAGAGGAUGAGCGAACACGCAGCAGCACGGUUGGGGAAAAUGUGUUUUCGCGGAUCAAGAGGAGUCAUGACAGGAAUUGGCCGAUUGAGGAUCACUUGAAGAUGGAUCAAGCUGAAGACUUGUUUGCCUGGAUCGGUGACUGCAUCGCUGAGGUAGUCAAGGACGCUCUUAAGGCACAGGAGACUACAGAAGAUGUCUCGUCUCCUCUAGGUGACGAAAUCCUGCUCGGUAUCACCUUCAGCUUCCCGAUGGCACAAACGCGUCUCUCAGAAGCGACCUUACUGCCGAUGGGCAAAGGGUUCGCCAUUACAUCGGACCUGAAUCUAGGAAAAAUGCUUUUAGCUGGCUAUGCGCGAUACUGUAACACAGACGGUUCAUCUGAACAGCUCAACCAUUCCAAGUCACAACUGCCAAGGAUACGGGUAGCAGCUAUUACCAACGACACAGUAGCAACCUUUGCGUCUCUUGCCUAUGCAGCCAAAGCAGCCCCCAACAGCCGCGUAGCCAUGGGUCUCAUCGUCGGUACCGGCACUAACGCGACCGUACCAAUGAAGCCAGAGAAUCUGCACCCCGACAAGAGGAGUGCACUUCCAAAUCCCGAUGCUACCGAAACUGUGGUCAUCAACACAGAGUGGACUAUUCGUGGCACCGACAAACCGCUAGUUGAUCUGAACAUCAAGACACCAUGGGAUAUGACACUCGACGCCAACAGCGAUGCACCGGGUUUCCAACCAUUCGAGUACAUGACUUCUGGGCGAUAUCUAGGCGAGAUUGUACGCUUGGUGUUUGUCGACGUCGUGUCAAAAGAGGAAGGCGUGCAAAUACCAUCAUCUUUGAUGCUCAAGAACGCUCUGCCGACACGCUUCCUGUCAGAAGUCGUUGCGCGAAAGGGCGGCCGCAUUGUUCAAGAAGAGCUCGAAAGCAAAUACCCAGACGCAGAGUCCUCGGAUGAUUUCUUCUGGACUGUCGACAAGGUGGAACUGAUACGGGACAUUGCUGAGGCCGUUCAACAGCGUUCUUCAGCUCUCAUUGCUGCUGCCUGUGUCGGGCUGCUGAACUGUGUGGGCGACGUCGCGCUAGACAAGCAGCAAUCUCCAAGCAACGGUACAAGUGCAAAGGGCAAACGCGAAAUUGAGGAGCUGGUCAUAGCAUAUGCUGGAGGGACUAUAUCGCAGUAUCCAAAGUGGCUGCAGACGUGCCAACAAUGGAUAGACAUUCUGGUCGAGGAGGGGUCGACAUCGAACAGAAACAAGCAAGUCACGCUCAAAGAGGCCAAGGACGGAGGCAUCGUUGGCGCCGGGGUACUUGCAGGGAUGACAGAUGAGAUAGUGUAAGAGUAAACGGGCAGAGUCAUGUAGAUCAGACAGAACA